AUGCUCCAAUUCCAACAAACAGGGAUCUCUCUUGUGAGAGCUAUCCCUACGUGGCUUGCGAACUUAGGGUUGUUCCAUGUUGACCUCGCCCGGAACAUCCUCACCGACGCACUCCAGCCGUUAUCGCCGAUGCUGCACUACUGCUUCAUGGCCAUCAACGCAAUGCAUGGCACCCUCGGAGAGGCUUUUGGUGAUGGUGACGGUGCCACCGCUGCUAGCCCCGGCACUCCAGCCGACCUAGUGUUCCUCGACCUGUCCAUGAACAACCUCUCAGGGCCCAUCCCGAGGCAGUGUCGACUAGCCGGUGGCCUCCAUAUGGAUUCAGCUUUUAGAAGAGCUCUCAAUGAGCCUAUGUGCUUGGAAGAAACUGUCGUCCAACAAGGAAUUGAAAGAUGCCCAUUCCUCAGGAACAUCAAUGAGCCUACAAGUUUUUCCUUCUCAUCUGUGAACUUCCCUGUUCCGGCAAGAGGAGCCAAGGGGCCAAUUUUCGAAGAUGGGCCUAAUUUUGACAUGGCAUUUCGAGUUUUCCAUGGUAGAGAUGGGGUUGUCCCGCUUUCAGAAGGAUCAUUGGCCCAGAUUGAGAAGCCACUGCCAAAGCCCAAUCCUGAGUUCAAUCCAUUGGCGGCCAAAGCAGCAACCAUCAGUCUAUCUGCAUUUGGAGGGUUUUUCAGCUUUGGUGACUUCUCAAAUAAGCACAAUAGGAAAAAGUCCAACAAAAAGAACCCCAACAACCUCCCCCAGAAUAAAGGCCAGUCUAACAAUCAUGAAGCACUGAGUAACGAGUGGCUGGAAACGGGCCAAUGUCCACUUGCAAAGUCUUAUAGGGCAUUAAGCGGUGUUGUGCCACUUGUAGCAAAGAUGAUGACACCCCCAGCUGGUAUGAAACUGAAGUGCCCACCUGCAGUGAUUGCUGCCCGCGCAGCACUAUCCCGCACAGCAUUUGCAAAGGGCCUUCGCCCUCAGCCCCUGCCAACAAAAAUACUGGUGAUUGCAUUGCUUGGUAUGGCAGCAAAUGUUCCUCUCGGCAUCUGGAGGGAGCACACAAAGAAGUUUUCAGUGCAGUGGUUUGCUGCAGUGCAUGCAGCAGUGCCUUUCAUAGGGAUGCUCAGGAAAUCUGUGCUGAUGCCGAAGACAGCCAUGGCCCUUACUAUAGCCGCCUCAAUACUGGGUCAGACAAUCGGGUCAAGAGCUGAAUGUAUCAGAUUGAAGAGGGCCGCGGCAGCAAAGUUAGCAAGAGAGAGCCAUGGUGAUGCUGCUGCUGACUGCAUCAAAGCACCAAUGAGUCUGAAAAGCGGGAACCACAGUGUUCAGUUUUGGGAUCCGCUUUCCCUCAGAGUUGAAAGCACCGUAGGUGCAGGUGCCCCAGCAGUUCUUGUCCCUGCUGUUUCUGCUUUCAAUUGA